GCACAGAUAAGGAUGCAGCAACAAGAACUUCAGGAUGAAGAAGAGAGAAGGCUGAGAAGAGAAAGUCUAAUGAGGCCCUCAAAUAGAAUAGCUACAACCGAAGAAGUUGAAAACUUGGAUUUAUCAUGCAGAUCACUCUCAGUGCAAUCUUCUCGAUUCCCUACUCAGGGCAAUGAGCUUGUCUCUCAAGGGUCAUCAACUACGCCAACGAGCAGAAGAUUCUCACAUCCCAAGAUAUAACAGGGAUGAUGGCUUUGAGAUGGGUCUUGAAGAUUUAAUGGUCAUGGAAGCAAUUUGGCUUUCUAUUCAGGAGCCUGAAAACCAAAGACAUCAUACUUUGCCUGUAUCUUCACAGUUGCACUCAGUGCCAGGCAGAGAAGCUUCUUCUCCUUCUGGUGGGCUGGCUCUUGCAGUUGCCGCACUCGCAGAGCGUCAGCAUCUAAGAGCUGAACCUUCUGAAUCAGCCAGCAGAGUAGAUAGAGCACGAGUGACAGACCAUCCUCCAGAGAGGUGGACAGAAGCACCACUUGAUAGCGGGAGCUUAUCUUGCAGGGAAGACGGUAACUGGGAAAUGGACCAUGAAUCUGAAGUCCAUUCCAUGGCCAGGAAUGCAGCUGGUGGAUUCAAUGUGGUAUCACCACUUCCAGCAACGAAUGAUAUGGCUGUGGACCACCUGCCUCCUGAGAGCUUUGAUGAGCAAAUGAUGCUAGCCAUGGCUGUUUCAUUGGCAGAGGCUCGAGCAAGGACUAAUGCGCCACCCCUUACCUGGAUGUAAUGUAUCGUAUCUCAACUGUGUUACAAAUCUGCUUCUUCCUUGUUCUUUCAUUCUUUUCCUCGUUCAUUUUCAUUCUAUAUUACUUCUUGCUCAUCCUUGGUAUUUUUUUCCCAUGUUAGUUAUUUACUCUGUUCAUAUGUAUAGAUGGGAAGUUGGAAAAGGGUGAAAGAAUGUUGUUGAUAUGUGCUGAGGUAAAUGACAUAGUUUGCGAGCUAAUAUAUGUAAUUUGUACAAAGAGUUUGAUAUUA